AUAAACUUUAAAAUAUAAAUAAUUUUAAUUAUCUAAUAUAAUUUAGUAUAGAUUUACUCAAAUAGAAUAUACUACUAUUAAUACUACUAUUAUCAAAAUGUUUUUAUUAACCAGAUUAUCAGAAAUCAGUAAACCAUCAAUAUCAGAACGAUAUGAUAAAGUUAAUUUAUUAUCUAAUAGUUAUUCAUUUCUAUGGGAAACCAAUUCACUUAACCCUCCAAUUAUUAAAUCGAAUCAAACAAAUGUAAAUUUUCAAUUUAUGUGUAACUUUAAAUUAUCAGAAAAAUUAAAAUAUAAAGCAUUUUUUCUUUUUUUAUAUAAUAAAACAAAACAUAAAAUUGAAAAAACAUUCAAUACAAUACAAUUACAUAAUAAAAUGAUGAUGGUAAAGGAAACAAACAAUUUAUUCAAUAAAGAAAUAGACAAUUUAUUCAGACCUACUCAAAUGAUUAACAUUGACAAUAAUGAAUAUCAUUAUCAUAAUAAACGAUAUAAAGCAAAUUUACAAGAGAAUAUAAUGGACUCAAAAUCUAAGGAUUUACGUAAUGAUAAUAGUUUAAAAUCAAUCAAUACAUUAUAUAAUUCUGGAUGUAUUAUACAUCGAAAACAUAUAAGAUAUCGUAAAUGGAAUAAUCAAAUAAAAAGAAAACAAAAGACAAGGUUGAAACUAAAAACUGAAAUCGAAAAAUCUGGUAAUCUUAAUGAUGAUAUGGAACCAUUUCAUCAUUCUAAAUGUUCUUUUAGUAAAGUAAUAAGCUAUGACAAGACAUUAGAUAUAUAUAAACAAUUUUUAUUUAGUCAAGCAAUUAAUGAUAAUCAAUGGGAAUCAUUUAUAUUUUUAAUAAAUAGUGGAAUCAAUAUUAAUUCUAUACAAAAAAUGAUGAAAUUAAUCAAUAAUCAAGAGGAUAGAAAACAAGGGACCAUAAUCAAGGAGAUAUAUCCAUCAGUUAUCGAUCUAUUUCUAAGAAAUAUUCCAUUAAACCAAUCUUCUAAUGUUCCUAAAACAGUUGGAAUUUAUUCAAUAAUACUUUCUUAUCUUCUCAAUAAAGGAGCUAAUAUUCAUAUGAUAGAUACUCUUCAUCCAUACAUAUGUCAUGGAGGUAUUCAAUUAAAUACUUUAUCUUAUCUAUGUGAACAAACUGCCAUACAAUUAGAUAAUAGUUUUCAAAUGAUGAAUAUUACAAAUAAUGAUCCAAUAAUUGAUCAUGCAGGUCUAUUAAGACAAUUAUUAAAUUCUGGUCUAAUUCCAACAAAAUUAUUUUUUCUUAUAUAUACUGAUAAACUAUUAUUAUUUAAUAUAAAAAAAUUAUUGAUUUUCAAUAAUAUUAAUUUAUCAAUAUCAAAUACAAAUCAAUUAUAUAAAAAUCAAUUUUAUCCAUUACUUAUAAAUAAAUUAGUAAUAUGGAAUAUUAAUAAUAAUAAACAACAAUCCAUUAAAUAUUUUCCAAUUAUAUUACAAUCAUUUAUUAUAUUAUUUUUUAAUUUUAUUUAUUCAGGUUUAUGUAAAUUACCUGAAAAUUUUAAUGAUAUUUUACAUAUUACUUAUUUAAGUAGUCAAAAUAAUAAAACUAAAAAAACUUCCAUAAUUGAUUAUCAUCAAUAUUUAUUUUAUUUUAUUUAUUAUCAUAAUAAAUUUUUAAAAAUAAUAAAUAAACAACCAUUUAGUUUAUUUGUACAAUGUAGAUAUACUAUAAGAAAUUAUAUAGGUACAAAAUAUUUUAAUAAGAAACUUAUGAAUCCAGAUCAUAUAUUGGAUACAAACAUUCAAUCAUCUAAUAAUAAAUUUUAUAGACAAUUAAUCAAAUUACCGGAUCAAUUAAAACAGGCUAUUGGUUAUAUGGAAAUUAUACAUUUAAAAAAAGAAUUAUAUGCUUUAACACAAAUUAAGUAGUGUAAUUUUAUGUAUAUAAAUAUAUGAAUAUAUUGUAUGUAAAGAAAAGAAUGAAGUUGUUUUUUUUCAUUGUAUAGUUUUGGUUAAGUGUUAGUUUUUCUUUAAUAUGUUAACUUGAAAAUGAAUUUCAUUCAUUGAUUAAACAAUGAUCC